AUGUCUAUGCUGCGACUCUGUUUCCGAUCGAUCGGUCACACUGGGUUGAACAGGCCAGUUCACCAUGAAAGGCGCACAAUUCAUAGCUUUUGCAGACUACUUGUAAACGACAAUAAACAUAAACCAUUGUCUCGUCCAGCAGGCCUCAGCGAUGCUGAAAAGAGGCUAGAAAAGAAUGCAGAUUUCCAAAGCUUGUCUGAGGUUUUCAAAGAUUCUAGCCAUCAACAUAUACACAUGCAGGAAUCAGAAACGAUGGAAAACGAUUCGUACCAAUUGGGCUCGACUCUGAAUCUAGAAAGACACCAUAACGGUACCAAUCGUUUGGAUCAGAGAUCUGCGAGCUUACAAGGAAAUCCAAUGCUGGUUCUCAGUAAGAAACAAUUCCAAAAAAACCCUGGUGUCAGAAUAACGUGGAUCGGCCUGCUUAUUAACGUCGGAAUGGCGGGAGGCAAGUUUGCAGGUGGUAUUGUUUUCCACUCACAAGCACUGACUGCAGACGCGGUUCACGCGUUUUCGGACCUGGUCUCUGACUUUUUGACGUUAUUCUCCAUCGGGCUAUCUUCUAAGCAUCCUACAAAAGAAUAUCCAUUGGGAUACGGUAAAAUACAAACUUUGGGAUCUUUAUCUGUCUCUGCAAUACUCGCAGUGGCAGGUUUAUCAAUUGGAUGGGGAUCUUUGUGUGCAAUUGCGGCCCCGUUCCUUCCAGACACAAUAAUGCACUAUUUGUCCUCACACUCUCAUUCCCAUAGUCACGGCGUGGUAGAAGAUGUUGCCAACAUAAACGCCGCUUGGAUUGCAGCCGGGUCGAUAGUGGUGAAGGAAUGGAUAUUUAAUGCUACGAAGAAGGUUGCAAAAGAAACGAACUCCAACGUUCUUUUGGCAAAUGCUUGGCACCAUAGAGUGGAUUCUCUGACGUCUUUAGUGGCACUGGUAACAAUAUCGUCAGGAUACUUCUUCAAUGUUCAGUCAUUGGAUGCUUUGGGUGGUUUACUCGUCUCAGGGCUUGUUGUAAAAGCGGGCACAGAUGGCUUGGCAAUGGCAAUGGCAGAGUUGAUGGACAAAUCUCUUGCAAAGACAGAUGUGCGAUACAAAGGAGUUGAGAAGAAUCUGGACGAGAUUUUGAGCCAGAUGGUGUCUAACAACAAUGCAGGCAAGCCUUACAAGGUGAAAGAUCUAAUUGUCUUGGCAUCUGGACCUAGCGUUCAUGCCAAACUGGUCCUUGAGGCUCCACUGCAAAGAUGGGGAAACGUUCUUGGUCUAAAGGAGUUUGAGAACGUCACAGAUCAUGUUCGUAGUGCCCUGAGCGUUAAUGUGCCUAGUUUUCGAAAUGCGGACAUAGAGUUUGUGGAAGAAAGGCCACCAUUGAGCCCCGAGCAGAUACAAGAACUACAAAAACAAAGCCAAAUGGGAACGCCGCCCUUGCCACACACCAAAGCGAGUGAAGAUCCCGCCCUUAUGGCGGGCUCCCAUACACAUUCGCAUUUCGGAGGGCUGGGAGAGGGACAUACCCACAAGCAUUGA